CCUUCAGCCUUCACCAUGCAAUUGUUCUCUCUCUCUCUCCAGCAUCUACAUCCUCGCAACGCUGUUUGCUCUAGGUGCUGCCUUUCCAGCUGAACGACGCCAAUGCACAAUCGGAAGACGUUACUUUAUGGAGCGGGAUACGCCGUGCACCACCGAUGCAGAUUGUAUCGCAUUCAGGCCCAGCGGUGUAUGUUGCACGCAGGACAUAAUUGACAAUGACCCAUUCGUUCUUUGUGCGCAAAAUGACGUCGGACUCUGCGUACGACAAGAUGGCGCCGGCUGCUAGACAACGUUGAAAACUUUUUGCGAUUCAAAUAGUAAUCUUAUGCUUUCAUGCUUACUUGUGGUG